AUGACUUCCGACUGGCCCUCCGACCUCACCUCCACCUUCAAUCUAGUACAUUCACGCUUUGCUCUUCCAGAUGCAGGAACACACUCUCCACGUUCCGUGGUCUCUCGACUCGCCGCGCUCGUAAAACCAGGUGGAUAUAUUCAGCAAUCCGAAAUGGUGUUUACCCCCUGGCCGUCCAACGGUCCGGCGAUGAAACAAUUCCAACAAGCAUAUAUCAAUCUAUUUACCAUAGUUAUUGGAGGACAAGAACUCAAGCACUUGUAUAAUAUUGAGAAAUGGUAUCACGAGAUGGGACUAGAAGAUGUGCAGUAUGAAAUCUCUACGAUUCCCAUUGGAGCAAAAGCGGAGAGUGAGAGGAUUAGGGUUAUAAGUAUUGAGAUUUUUGGGUUGACUUGUUAG